AUGACUUUAUAUCUUCAGUGUUCUGCAUCCUCUAGCUUUACCAAACAUAAUGUUGAAAUCCACAUGACUUUAUAUCUUCAGUGUUCUACAUCCUCUAGCUUUACCAAACAUAAUGUUGAAAUCCACAUGACUUUAUAUCUUCAGUGUUCUACAUCCUCUAGCUUUACCAAACAUAAUGUUGAAAUCCACAUGACUUUAUAUCUUCAGUGUUCUACAUCCUCUAGCUUUACCAAACAUAAUGUUGAGACCUACAUGACUUUAUAUCUUCAGUGUUUUACAUCCUCUAGCUUUACCAAACAUAAUGUUGAAAUCCACAUGACUUUAUAUCUUCAGUGUUCUACAUCCUCUAGCUUUACCAAACAUAAUGUUGAGAUCUACAUGACUUUAUAUCUUCAGUGUUCUACAUCCUCUAACUUUACCAAACAUAAUGUUGAGAUCUACAUGACUUUAUAUCUUCAGUGUUCUGCAUCCUCUAACUUUACCAAACAUAAUGUUGAAACCUACAUGACUUUAUAUCUUCAGUGUUCUACAUCCUCUAGCUUUACCAAACAUAAUGUUGAGAUCUACAUAACUUUAUAUCUUCAGUGUUCUGCAUCCUCUAACUUUACCAAACAUAAUGUUGAAACCUACAUGACUUUAUAUCUUCAGUGUUCUACAUCCUCUAGCUUUACCAAACAUAAUGUUGAGACCUACAUGACUUUAUAUCUUCAGUGUUCUACAUCCUCUAGCUUUACCAAACAUAAUGUUGAGACCUACAUGACUUUAUAUCUUCAGUGUUCUACAUCCUCUAGCUUUACCAAACAUAAUGUUGAGACCUACAUGACUUUAUAUCUUCAGUGUUCUACAUCCUCUAACUUUACCAAACAUAAUGUUGAGAUCUACAUGACUUUAUAUCUUCAGUGUUCUACAUCCUCUAGCUUUACCAAACAUAAUGUUGAGAUCUACAUGACUUUAUAUCUUCAGUGUUCUGCAUCCUCUAACUUUACGAAACAUAAUGUUGAAACCUACAUGACUUUAUAUCUUCAGUGUUCUACAUCCUCUAGCUUUACCAAACAUAAUGUUGAAACCUACAUGACUUUAUAUCUUCAGUGUUCUACAUCCUCUAGCUUUACCAAACAUAAUGUUGAGAUCUACAUGACUUUAUAUCUUCAGUGUUCUGCAAACUGUGGUCCUGGGAAAAGCGAGAGAAGUGUGCGUUGCAGAAUAGACAGUUCGUUUGUGGAGGAUGGAUUUUGUUCAAAGCAAGAUAAACCCAAUCAUGAAAAGUCCUGUAAUCGUAAGAAAUGCGAACCUCAGAAUAAUCGCUAUAAAUGGUUCGCCACAUCUUUCAGCCCGGUGAGUAUUUUACUAUAACACCAGAUCAAAAUCAAACACUGGCAGACCCUAAACCAGGGGGGCAAUCGCACCCCUCCCCCAAUAAUUGAGAAUUAUUGUAACGCAGUCAAAAUCAAACAGUGGCGAGACGGCGGUUUCGUGGCAAUCCCCCCCCCAAUAAUUUCUGAAAGCCUUUGAAUCAUACAGCUUAACAACUGUGUAACAAACCUUCAAGAAUAAAUUUUCAACCAUGAAAGCAUUAGUAGGCCAUAAAUGAAACAAUAUAUUGCAUGAAAUUUAAGGCAAGAAAAAAGUUUAGAGAACUAACAUUUCCAGCAACAAAAGGUGGUUGUCUUUUGGAAUAAUGAUUAAAUAUUCCUCAUUUUUAGUGUUCGACAACAUGUGGUGGUGGUAUCCAGUCUCGAAUGGUGAUCUGUGUUAAUGAGAGUGAACGUCAAGUUCCCAGUAGAAAUUGUGAUUCUGAAAACAAGCCUCCCAAGGUUACAGUAUGUAAUAAUGAAGAAUGUCUGCCGCAGUGGUCUGUUGGACAUUGGUCUGAGGUGAAUAUAUGUGAACCAAUACGAGAUGAUCCUUGCUGGACCUCUAGGAAGAACAGUUUAGAACUGAUAGAACUAUCCAGUAUAAAUAAAGUUCGUUUAGUAUAGGUUUCCUCCUGUAGUAACACUGGACCAAAAGUGAAUGAUCCUUAGGGAUCUCUAGGAAGAACAGUAUAGAACUAAUUGAAGUAUUGAACAUUCCAGUGAAGAGUUUAAUUUAGUUAACCUUCAUUUACAAAACUUAUAGUUUUUAUUUAUUUUCAAAAUAUUCUCUAUUCCAGUGCUCAACGUCGUGCGGUGAAGGAGUACAAACACGAACAGUCGCGUGCCCUGAAAAAGACGAGAAUUCCAAUGAUUUAUGUGACAAAAAUAAUAAAUCAUCUCUCGAAAGACGUUGUAAUCGUGGGCCGUGCAACAGUUCCUAUACUUGGAAAACUGGGCCUUGGUCUAAGGCAAGGGAUUUUUCAUUUCAUAGAAAUCGUAAAUUGCAGCUUUACUGCAAUUAUUUUGUCUUUGCGGGAGUUUUAUUAGUUUUAAUCAGAACCAACAUUCUCUUUCAUUUCAUUUACAGUGUUCAGCCACAUGUGGUGAGGCAACGAUGAGACGAGCAGUAAAAUGUCUUGGUCGUAAUAAUCAGUACGGCAUAGAGACAAGAUGUUUGCGGCAAGGUUUUAUUAAACCUGAUGAUACCAGGGAAUGCUUGUUGCCAAAAUGUAAGUCAUAGUGGUCCUGUAGUCGCAUUUCUUGCACCAUAACAGUGGGCAGUGUCAUCCAGGUUUUGUACGACUGACUCUUGCACUGACGACGUUUGAAAAGAACGAUGGAGCCAAAUAAAUCUUUCUUUUGAUACACUUUAUUACAUCGUAGAAUCACCAUCAGAAACAUGUGAGCUUUUAUAUCAUUCUUUCAGGUGAGCCAAGAUCGUGCAAAGACAUCCAAACUCAACUUGGAAAACAAGAAGAUACCGAAUUUAACAUUACUAUUGCUUCAAAGAGAAUCCAGGUAUGCUGUCCUCCAAUUAUUUUUGAGAUAAUUGGCUUAUGAAUUACAUAAUAAAAAAUUGAUGUUAAAAACAACGAAUAUCAAUGAAUGAUGUUAAUUUAACCAAUUUUUUAUGGGUAAAAAAAUUGGGAAAAAAUAAAAUUAGGUACCUUAAUUAUAUACGGCUGUCACUCAUUUUGUUGUUCUACCAUCAAAUUUGAACAGCAUAUUUCAUCAAGAGAUUACCUCUUGUAAAAGCAACGUUGAGACCUCGAAACCUUAACGUAUUGUUAUUUUUUGUUCAGGUGUAUUGCUAUGGAAUGUUGACCAAUAAUCCUAAAGAAUACAUGACAUUAAAGUCUGGACCACAGCAUAAUUUUGCAGAAUAUUAUCACAGAAGGUGGGGUGUAUGACUUGUUUAUAAUUUUUCAUUUAUUUACCGAAUCAAGUUUUCGAAUGAAGUUUUUCAAUUGUAUAACUAGAAGUAGGUAACGAGAUAGCACUUUAAAGCUAAACUUAUCUGAACUAUUAGUUCCAAGUUCCAACAUAUUUCAUUCUUACUACUGGAGUACUUUGAGAAAAUCUGUGAUGUUUGGUAGAGCCAACCCUAGUACUCUUCUCACAUGUGACUGAAGUCAAAUGAUAAUCAUCAUUUUCUUCCUUGGAGCACAACCUGGAGACAAAAAAUUCCUGCAGACCAAUGGAGUAUUUUUGUGCUAAAUCUGCAUGUGCAUAAACAUAUAGUGUUCUAGCUGACCAUGGUUUUAAAUUCAAGGAAUAAUGUCUGUCAACCAUAUGUUGUUGCGCCCAUAGUGGGACAUGGGUGUUAAGGUUCCUUCAAAUUCUCAAUAGCAAAUCUUCAUUCAGACGAAUUUCCUGCAGCUGUUUAACAUUUCCUGUGCUCGCCUAUUUUUUCCACCCCUGAUUUUUAAUCAAAUACAUAUUGCAGGAAUUCAAGCUCAGCCCUAGAGGCGAAAGACAUUUACAAGAACCACUACGACACCUGAAUGCUAAUAUCUCCUUUCUAUAUUUCGUAUUUUAGUUUAAAAAAUCCCAGUAAAUGUCCAUACAACGGAGCAAGGAAUGAUGACUGUCCACUUUGUCAUCGUGAGUUAUUCCCGACCUCAGGCGGAACUUAUUUUUCCAAAGUUCGAUUUGAUGUUUCGCGAAUGUCUAUCAUUGGUAAGUAUGGAUUUUGUGCCUUGAGGUUAAAUGUUUAUACAAUCAACCUCGUUAUAGCAUUUGUAUAUAGAACAACUUUUCUCGUGUUUAAUACACGUAAAAAUUCAUUGCGCUUUUUGACACAUUGAACUAUAGGUUAUGUAGUUGUGAGUUUCAAAAUAAUUGAGAUCGCUAUACAUGGUUGGACUAAGUUGGUAUUCAUAUUUUGUCUAUAAAAUUUCUUGUGGAAUAUUCAAUCAGGAUUUAAUAUAAUUGUAUUCUUACAGGAGGUGACUUUACAUUUGCCAUCACUCGAGGAAAUCAUUCACCAAGUUAUGGUACAGCUGGUGACUGUUAUAGUAAAUCUCAGUGUCCACAGGUUAGAUAUUUUACAACCUUGUUAGAAAUGGGGGGUCAAAAUUUCACUGUAUAAAGAGUUCGUAAUGGUGAUGAUGAUGGUGAUGGUGAUGGUAAUAAUGCUGGUGGUGAUGAUGAUGGUGAUGAUCACGAUGAUGAUGAUAAUGGUAAUGGUGGUGAUGAUGAUAAUGGUGAUGAUGAUAAUGGUGAUGAUAAUGGUGAUAAUGGUGAUGAUAAUGGUAAUGGUGGUGAUGGUGAUGGUGAUGAUGAUGGUAAUGGUGAUGAUGAUGAUAAUGGUGAUGAUGAUGAUAAUGGUGAUGAUGAUGAUGGUAAUGGUGAUGAUGAUGGUGAUGAUGAUGAUAAUGGUGAUGAUAAUGGUGAUGAUGAUGAUAAUGGUGAUGAUAAUGGUGAUGAUGGUAGUGGUGAUGAUGAUGAUAAUGGUGAUGAUGAUAAUGGUGAUGAUGAUAAUGGUAAUGAUGAUGGUGAUGAUGGUAAUGGACUAAUGGUGGUGGUGGUGAUGAUGAUGAUGAUGAUCAUUAUUAUUAUAGUGGUGAUAAUGAUGGUUAUAGGGGUAUAGUGAUGGGUAUAGGGAUGAUGGUGAUAAUGAUGGUUAUAGGGUGAUAGUAAUGGAAUGACAGUUAUUUUGGUGGUAUUUGUUUGUACUUACAAAAUACUGUUCUAAAUAUUUAUAUAGGGUCGCUUCAGCAUUGAUUUAACAAACACAGGCAUAUCGAUAUCGCCUGAAGUCACGUGGAAAUCGUACGGUUAUUAUCUGUCGAGAGUAAUAACAAUGAAAGAGGUACGCCAUCUUUCUUCAAGGCUUAUUUUCACUCGUAAAUUUUUCAUAACACGUUUCAUAAUGAUUCCUUCAUUGUCGUUGCAGGGUAGACAAAUAGUCACAGGAAUGUGUGGUGGCUACUGUGGUGUAUGUAGACCAUACAGAACGCUUCGAGUCGCUUUAUAAC